AUGUCACCAAAGACUCUCUUGUCGGUCUUGUUGGCCACCGCCGUCACAGCCCAACGGGCGGGCAAACUCACCCCGGAAGUCCACCCCAAGCUGCCAACAUGGGAGUGCACUGUCGCGGGUGGCUGUAUCCAGAAAGACACCUCCCUGGUCCUCGACUCCGACUAUAGAUGGGUACACACAGAUGACUACAUCAACUGCAAGAUCAACGGUCUUAACCCAGCCGUAUGUCCCGACGCCGCGACAUGUGCUUCCAACUGUAACCUAGAGGGCGUCGACUAUGCUGGGUCCGGUAUCCAUGCCAACGGCAGCGAACUUACUCUCAACCUCUUCGUCAACCGGACCGACGGGACUACCAGUCUCGUCUCCCCGCGAGUCUACCUCCUUGCUAACGAGACCACCUACGACAUGUUCUCGCUGCUGGACAAGGAGUUUACCUUUGACGUGGAUGUCAGCAAGCUCCCCUGUGGUACCAAUGGCGCUCUUUAUUUCAGCGAGAUGCUCGCAAAUGGAGGUAAGAGCUCGUUGAACCCUGCUGGCGCCAGCUACGGCACGGGCUACUGUGAUGCCCAGUGCCCUACUCCAGCAUUCAUCAACGGCGAGGCCAACCUCGAAAACUACGGCUCCUGCUGCAACGAAAUGGACAUCUGGGAAGCCAACUCCCGCGCCACCGCAUUUACUCCUCACCCCUGCAACGUCACCGCGCUCUACAAGUGCUCCGGCGCUCUCUGCGGUCGUACCGACAAGUACCAAUCCGUCUGCGACAAAGACGGCUGCGACUACAACCCUUACCGCCUCGGUCACCACCCCUAUUACGGUCGCGGCGAGGGCAACAAGGUCGAUACGACCCGCCCUUUCACCGUCGUCACCCAGUUCUUCAGCAACACCACCAGCACUGGGGAGAAGGAAUUAUCUGCUAUCAAGCGCCUUUACCUACAAGAUGACAAACUGAUCACCACUUCCACCAUUGCCGUCCCUGGCUACGAUUCGGCAAGCGAUACCAUCACCGACGAGUUUUGCGCCAAGAACAAGCAGGUCUUUGGGGGCGUCAACGCUUUUGCCAACCAGGGCGGGCUGCGACAAAUGGGUGAAGCACUGGAUCGGGGCAUGGUUUUGGUGUUUAGUGUGUGGCAUGAUGCCGGGAGUGCGAUGAAGUUAUUGGAUGGCACGUUCCCCGUCGGUGCUGAUCCGGAGACGCAACUCGGAACAGGGAGGGGGCCGUGUUUGCCGGAGGAGGGUCAUGCGGAUGAUAUCCAGAAGGAUGCGAGCUGGACGGAGGUGAAGUUUAGUAAUGUGAAGAGUGGGGAGAUUGGAUUCAACAUCAUCCGUCACCCGGUCAAGAACAACACGGACAUCAACAUCAACAUCAACAUCAACACCGACAUCAACACCGACAACCGCAGCACCCACGUCAACAUGACACUCAUCAAACUCCCCUCCCUUGCUGAAGAAAUCAACAACAACCCAACCCUCAAAAACCACAAACUCAUCAUUCUCACCCCCUGGGCUCCCCCACCCGGCUUCCUCGCCUCUCUCCAGCAGCAUUUCCCCGACUUGGUGAUCGAAUACCACCAAUCCGAAUGGACCCAGCCGCAACCCGGAUCACCCGAGAACCCUCCUCCUCCUCCUUUUCCCGUGGAGGAGUGGAAAGAUGUCACCAUCCUCUUGACUUUUACUUAUCUGCCGCAACCGAAAGAUGCGCCCAAACUGCACCCCCAAAUCUCCGAAUGGCUCAUCCUCACUUACCUCUCCUUCAACCACCGGCUCCCGCACUACCUCUCCCUGCAGAAACAAGCCCACUGGUCCCGCGGACACUUCGACUCCAUCGAGGACGCCACCGCCAAAACUGUCGGCAUAUUGGGCUACGGCGCAAUCGGCCGCCAAACUGCUCGUCUGGCAGUAGCAAUGGGCAUGCGCGUGCACGCAUACACCCUACACCCUCGCCCGACCCCCGAAUCCCGCAAAGAUCGAGGCUGGGCACCACAGGGGAUGGGUGAUCCCGACGGCAUCUUCCCCAGUAAAUGGUUCAGCGGCGCCGCAAAGGAGGAUUUACACACCUUCCUUGCGUCAGGACUAGAUCUGCUGGUUGUUUCCACCCCCCUGACGCCGGGAACGAAACAUCUCUUGGGGAAAGAAGAGUUCGAGAUCCUGUACAAGGCAUCUCCCCCCACGAUAUUCGUCGACGAGACGGGUAAGACCGAAACCCGCGGCAGGACAUUCGUGUCCAAUAUUGCGAGAGGGCCGGUGAUUAACACCGAUCAUUUGAUUGAUGCCUUGGAAACGGGGAAGAUUAGAGGCGCGGCGCUGGAUGUUACCGACCCCGAGCCACUGCCAGAUGGUCAUAAGCUUUGGAGCACAAGGAACGUUAUACUGACGCCGCAUGUUAGUGGAGCGAGUACGAGGUAUAAUGAGCGCGUGCUUGCGAUAUUGGAGGAGAAUCUGGGGAGGUUGGGGAGGGGGGCGGGGUUGGUUAAUAAGGUUAGUAGGCGGGAGGGGUAUUGA